AGUUGCGGGAGCGCAAGGUCAAGUGCGCGUAGACCCCGCCCCCCAGCUUGGGGGCGGGGAGGGCUCGCCCGGGACAGUUGGUCCCAGCCCCGGGACAGUACGGGCCCCGAGGCGGCCCUGCGUCGGGACACCAGGAGCGAUCCCUGCUGCCCUGUCCUCCAGCGCGGGCCCAAGUUCAGCCCGACAGAUCCCCAGUCCCCGUCGCUGCGGGUGCCACUGCGGAGCCUCGCGACUCGCAGGAAAGCAGGGUGGCCACUGCAGUGGGUGCAGACACGCCUGACAAGAUGAAGAGCCGAAUCCCUGUGGUGCUCCUGGCCUGCGGCUCCUUCAACCCCAUCACCCACAUGCACCUGCGCUUAUUCGAGGUGGCCAGAGACCAUCUGCACCAAACAGGAAUGUACCAGGUGACCCAGGGCAUCAUCUCACCUGUCAAUGAUGACUACGGGAAGAAGGACUUGGUGGCUUCUCAUCACCGAGUGGCCAUGGCCCGGCUGGCCCUGCAGACAUCCGACUGGAUCCGUGUGGACCCCUGGGAGAGCGAGCAGCCACAGUGGAUGGAGACGGUGAAGGUGCUGAGGCACCAUCACAGCCUGCUGCUCAGAUCUCCGCCCCCAAUGGAAGGCUCGGACCCCGGCCAGGCGCCCUCAGCACCCACAGCUGCGCCCCAGCUGAAACUCCUCUGCGGGGCAGACGUCUUGAGGACCUUCCAGACCCCCAACCUCUGGGAAGACGCACACAUCCAGGAAAUAGUGGAGAAGUUUGGCUUGGUGUGCGUGAGCCGGGUGGGCCACGACCCCAAGGGGUACAUCCUGGACUCGCCCAUCCUGCGGAGGUACCAGCACAACAUUCACCUGGCCAGGGAGCCCGUGCAGAACGAGAUCAGCGCCACCUACGUCAGGAGGGCCUUGAGCCAAGGGCAGAGCGUCAAGUACCUGCUGCCUGACCCGGUCAUCGCCUACAUCAGGGACCAGGGUCUCUACACCAAGGACAGUUCCUGGCAAGCCACAGGCACCCAGAGGAGCCAAGGAAAGACGAGCUAGGAGGGACUCAGCCACCCCUCCUCCACCCAGCGCCCCCCGGGAGGGGGCGGUGCAGUUUUUGUUUUGCUUUGGGUUUUGCUUUUGGUCAGCAUUUUUCAUUUGUUUUAUUUCUACAGUGAUGUUACCCUUAAGUCUUGACUCUCCUGCUCCAGGACAAGAUAACCUGC